AUGGCGGCUGCGGCCAGACUCGCCCUCCUGCUGCUGGGCUGCGUGGGGCUGCUGCGGCCAGUCGACGGCAGGUACAUAAGCUACUGUCCCGACGGCUGGUCCUACUACAAGCUCAGCUGCUUCAAAUACUUCUCUGAGCCCCGGACCUGGGACGAGGCUGAGAGUCAGUGCCAGGACGUCAAGAAAGGCGCCCACCUGGCCUGGGUGGAGGACCCCCUCGAGGAAGUCACCCUGCGGAGAACCAUCUCCUACCACCAGCGUGUGCAGCCCGUCUGGAUUGGACUCCAAAAGAAUAAAGAGAGCCAGGCCUGGAAGUGGACGAAUGGGAAGGACUACAGUGCCACCAGGGAUAUGCCUGGGAACGGUGCCGGCGGGGAGAGCUGCGCCGCGCUGACCCAUCACAGCGGCUUCUCUGUGUGGUCCAGUGCCGACUGCUCCCGGAAGCAUCACUACAUCUGCAAGUUCUACCCCCUGAACUGA